AUGAUGACGAUGUGCCGUCUGCUGUGCGCCCUGUUGGUGCUCGCCCUGUGCUGCUGCCCGUCCGUGUGCGUGAGAGCGACUGGCGGAGAGAAAGAUGUUAAAAGUUCAGACUCCCCUGCGCCAAAGACAUCAGAUGUUCCACCCGAACCGGAAGUGGAACGAGACGGUGAUAUGGACCUUGCGUUAGAGAUUCCUGAGCCGCACACAGGAAUUUCAGCCAAUACGUCAAGGCCAAUACCCUCGGGAAAUCAUGCACAUCAGUCUGAAGGUUUGUCUGGUUUGCAAGCGGGAACAAAUCCAAAGGACAAUCUGCCUAUUUCAACAGAUAGGACAGCAGUUACGUCAUCAGGUACGCCAAUUCCGCCAGGGACACCAAGUCCGACGAAGGAUAAUCGAGAGUCACCAGUUUUGGCAACUGAUUCCGCACAGACACAAGUUGCGAUUGGUUAUUUAGGUACAGAAAGCAAAAAGGUACAGGAAAAUACACAAGGUGUUGAGGAAAAUAAGGCACAGACAUCAAGUCAGACAUUCAAAACGCCAAAUACGAGUUACACUACUACGACGAAGCCACAACCACCACCACCGCCAGUAGGGCUAUCACCAGCAAGAAGCGUUUCAGAAGGAGAAACAAACCCAACAGCAUCAACAGGCUCACAGAAGGCAACAGAAACAACAAGCACGACGUCACUGCCAAACGCUAAAACGGCGCCUGAAGCACAGGAAAAACCUUUAGGAAAUGGUGAGCCAAGCCAAAACAGACAAGACACGGACACACCAGAUUCGAUGAAUGAUGCAAAUACAAGUCGUCCAGCGGAAACACCAGCGUCAUCUGUAUCUAAAAGUGGCAGUGGUGGAACCCAGAACAAGGAGGACAAAGUUGAUAACGGCGCUCAACGGCCUAACACCAGAGAACCACAAGACGGAAUCGAAGGUGGUAAUACCAACAACACUCCCACAUCCACUGAGACAGCAGCACAAAAAGCAGAAACAGUCAACAACUAUCAAACAAAUGAUACUGCAACAAAAGGCAACAGUGACGGCAGCACCGCGGUCUCCCACACCACCUCCCCUCUUUUGCUUCUUCUUCUUGUUGUGUGUGCGGCUGCUGCUGCGGUGGUGGCCGCGUGA